AUGACCUCAACACCACAGCCACAACAUACCCCCGCCCCUGUGGCCUGCCUCAAUUGUCGCGACAAGCACGUCAAGUGUGAUGGCGAUCCGGCUGGAUGCUCGCGAUGUACAGCGUCGAAUGUUCCAUGCCAUUAUCUGCCUUCUCGUCGUGGUCGCAGAUGCCCGCCUAAGUCACAGUCUUUGAUCGAUUGUCCCGACUUGAUCUCCUCGCCUACUAUGAUGGAUCUGUCAUCACAGCCUGGCCCUGUCUCACAGGGUCUGUCUACCUGCAAUACUCGGGUCAAUAGUGACGACUACUCAUUCUUCGAGUCUCCGAACCUAGGUAUUGACGCUGCUGUCUACCUACCUCCGCAGUCGGAACACUGCUCAGUCACGGGGCUUGAUAGAAUCCUUAACGCGGAUUCCACUGCUUUCUUAUCCUGCCAACAACAAACUUAUCCGCCUUCAGACUCUAGUGAGGCCCAUCUGAUAAAGAUGUUCUAUUAUCAUUUUUAUCCCGCUCAUCCUUUUCUACUGCCACACAAAGAUUUCUUGAAGUCUGGCCCUCCCAGAUAUCUCGUUGAUCUCAUGCAGCUCAUCAGUCUACACUAUAUCUCUCCGAAUCUGGUGACGGGCGAUCGCAUUACUCAAAUACAGACAGCAGUACAAGAAGCAAGUCUUAGUGUCGAAAAGGCACAGGCUCUCUUAUUGCUCUGUAUCGCUUUUCACGCCCAUGUUGCGCCACAAGCCGCGAAAGCGUGUCUAAAUCAAGCCGUCAACUAUAGCCUCCAGCUUGGACUUCACUGUCGAGAUGCUUCCGACUCAGUAAUGGCGCUGGACCCCGUGCGUGCCGAGAGCCUACGGCGUACCUGGUGGGAGAUAUUCGUUGUCGAUACACUGCUAGCGGCAGUGCAGGUUGAUGGCACUCUCCAAUUCACAUCAGAGGAGACACCCGAUGUACCACUCCCUUGCGAAUUGGAACAAGACACACAUAACAGGGGACAUGAUACAUGUUCGUCGAUAACGGGCCGCGAUCUGGACCAGAGCCGGCAUUUGCUGUUAUUCGAAGAAUCAGAUCUUUCUUCCCUAGGCUACCGUGUGGAAGCAUCCAUAAUCCUUCGCAAGUGUCUUCUUGCUGCCUCGCAGGAACCAAUCCAUGCUCUCGACGCCACUAUUUCAAGUUGGUUUCACCGAUUGCCCAGCAACAAGCGUGUCAUUCUCCAGUGCAAUGGCGAGUUGGACCAAAUGACAUUCCAGGCUGUCAUGCUGAUGCACUGUGCUUCUAUCUAUCUUCAUUUUCCCCGGUCACGCCUACUAGCCUUUCUCCCAGUCACCCGUCACAUCUUUUGUUCUGUGCCUCCAGAAGUUAUAUCUUGUUCUGCAGUUCCGCAGUUGCAUACGAACAAGGUGAUCAGUGCCGCUGUUGAUCUCUCCAACAUAGCUUCGCUAUCCACAUCUGUUCUCAAGCAAAGGCCGUUUUUCUGCUGUGUCCUGGUUUUGAGUUCUAUUAUUCAGCUAGCUUGCCGCUCAGCCAGGCUUGAAGGAUUGCAUAGCACAGACCUUCACUUUCUAGGUCUUAACCUCAGCAUGCUUAAGUCUUUAGGAGAGUUAUGGGCUAUAGCAGCAGUGUCUGAGUCUCGGCUUCGAGAUGUCGUGAAGGAAGUGUCUGGUAUAAUUGGUAUCCAGUCAUAG